AUGUUGUUUAUGGAGUCCUAUGUUUGCUAUUGCUCCGUGCGAUUAGGUGUUAUCAUCGUGGGUUUGCUCAGCAUUGUCAGAAGCCUGGUACUCAGCAUCGUCCUGUUCGUACAGGGUGUGCAAAUAUUUGAGCCCAUUAUCGAUUUACUGGAACAUGAUGGGCAAUAUAAAAACAACAAAUGGGUGCGAAAGGGUAUCGGUUGGGUGGAACGAACGCCUGAGAAUGUGCUGAUUUUUAUGCAGGUUAUAUGCUAUGUGAACAUCGUGGCCGCUCUUCUGGGUAUACUAGGUGCUAUCAAGCUUCAGAAAUGGAUUAUUUUACCCUUGGCUCUCUACGAGUUUGUCUUCUUCCUGUCCAUGACUAGCGGGCAUAUUGUGUUCAUGAUUAUGCUGAAGAAGGUUAUUAAUUUGGGACUUCUCAUAGUCUUGACGCUGGUGGGCAGUUUCGUUUUGCUGUUCUUUGGCUAUAACUGCAUCACCUGUCUGGCCAUGUUUCAGAUAAUAACGCUGGUUAAGAGCACACGCUAUCGUGAGCUCUACGGCAAUGAUCCUUUCCAUCCGUUGAGCCUGAGCACUAACUCCAAAGCCAGCUCCGUACAGCAGUUGCAGUUUUAUUCGACACCAGAUGACACCGACAUCGAUGAGCAGAAGCGAUUGGCCAGACUGGGUCAGUGGCCUCGUCGUCAGCCGCCCCCCACGCAGGUAAUAUCGGUCAUACCUGUGGGAACCGAGUCCAGACACAUGGCAGCUCCCCAGCUGAAGUGGUGGCAACAACAAGCACUCGAUGUGGACGACAAGAUGCUCGAUUCCGCCAUUUAUCGCAACUGGCAGCGAGACGAGCUCCUGCGCGGCGUGGGGGGCGAGGUGGAGCGUAAGAAUGCCCUGAAUAAGCAAUACGGCGAACAUUGGCGUCGAUAUUGA